AUGGGUUUUUUCGGCAAAACAGAGGAGGCUACCAGGCCUCCACCUAACAAGGCGAAGCGGAAGGAAUGUUGGGAUGCACGUGAUAAGUUCUUUUCAUGUUUGGCAGCUAAUAGCAUCGACAAUUCUUUGGAUGAGAAGCUGUUGCCCACGGUUAAAUCGCAAUGUGGAGAGCUCAAGGCUGAUUUUGAAGGUAAAUGUGUAGCUACGUGGGUCAAAUAUUUCCAGGAGAAGCGUUUCAAUGACUUGACCAGACAGAGAUAUAUUGAAAAGUUAGAGGCCGACGGUGCCCAGCCAUUGCCAUUCAAGCUAGACAAUAGUAGAAAGUAA